AUGGCCUGCUACGCACGAGGCUGCGCUGCGGCGCGACCGGCAUCUCGCCCGCUGCGCACAUUUGCCAACGCGCGCGCCUCCUCCUCGUCGACCCCUAUCCAACGCAGGCAGCUGCAUCCGAUCCGGCUAUCGACCUACUUCCAGCCCACGCACAAGGCCUCGUCCACCGCCUCGGGGGACGACACGCUCGCGUCGCUGCAGCUCCUCCUUCGCGGCGGCUACAUCCGUUCCUCCUCCUCGGGCGUGUUCACCCUCCUCCCCAAUGCGCUGCGCAUCGUGCGCAAGCUCACCGCGAUCAUCGACUCGGAGCUGCACGCCAUCGGCGCAUCGCGUCUCGCCAUGCCCACCCUCCUCCCUGCCAAACUGUGGCGCCAAACGGGGAGGUAUGAGAUUAUGGGCAGCGAGCUGUACAAACUGCGCGAUCGUCGCGAUAGCGAUUAUGUGCUGGGCCCGACGCACGAGGAGGAAGUGACGCGGCUGGUGGCGGGCGAAGUGGAGAGCGACCGGCAGCUGCCCGUGCGCGUCUACCAGAUCACACGCAAGUUCCGCGACGAGCCGCGUCCGCGCAUGGGCCUGCUGCGCACCAAGGAGUUCCUCAUGAAAGACCUCUACUCGUUCGACAAGAGUGCUGCCGACGCCGCGGCGGCGUAUGACGACGUGAGCGCGGCAUACACACGUAUCUUUGACCGCAUCUUUACCGGUGCGCAUGGACGCAGGUGGGUGGCAGCCGAGGCGGAUACCGGCGCGAUAGGCGGCAACAAGUCGCACGAGUACCAUGUCCAGGAUGCAGCGGGGGAGGAUACGCUCAUCACAUGCACCAAGUGCGGCUAUGCGGCCAACACCGAAAAGGCCGUGUCGAUGCCGGAUCCACAACACAUGCCCAUCAGCGCCUCGGACGUGCGCGUGCUGCUGUACGCUUGCACCGACCCGGACGUGCACGAUACAACAAUACACGCACUCGUGCUCCCCGCCACGCGCGAGCUCAACGCCGUCAAAGCGGCCAAGCUCUCAUCCUCGCUCGCACCGGGAACGCAGCUGCUAUACGAUUCUGCCUCACCCUCACCGGCACAGUGGGACUGGAAGGACCGUCCAGAGGGUCCGCUUAUCCGAUACAGCACACUCGCCGUCCUGGCCGACUUUGAAUGCGCAUCGCUCGACCCCGCCGAACUCAACGAUGCCCUCGCCACCGCCCUGUCCACAUACUCCUCUCCCUCUGCCUCUCCAUCCUCACCGUCUCUUUCUCUUGGAGAGAUAUUUCCCGCGCAGUUCAAUGGAGACGCACCCGUGGCACCUGCACUUACCCUCGUCGACGUGCGCACGGCACAAGCCAACGACACCUGCUCUAGCUGCAAGAGCGUUGGUUCGCUGCACGAGACGCGCGCGAUCGAAGUAGGGCAUACGUUCUUUCUCGGCGAGCGGUAUAGUCGCGCACUCGAAGCGGGCUUUCUCCCGACCGCCGCUCUCAAAGCCACCUCCGGCGCGGCGAUGAGCAAUGGGAGGGUGCCGUUCCAGAUGGGCUGCUACGGCAUUGGCGUAUCGCGCAUCCUGGGUGCUCUGGCCCAAAAAGCCGCUGCGGACUUUACCCAGGCCACGUCCAAACCGGGCCUUCUCUGGCCCCGCCACGUCUCGCCCUUUACUGCCGCGAUCCUGGUUGCCGACACGCGCGAUGCGGCGAAACUCGAUGCAGCUUCUCGCGUGUACGAUGGUCUCAUCACAAAGGCGCGCACGCACGAUCUCUCCAUCCACGCCGUCCUCGCAGGCAUCCUGGGUGAACCAACUCAAGAUGAUGUCGGUUGGUCGAGCGACGAGGCGCACGAGGUGGUGAUCGACGAUCGCCGCGCCCAGCUGGGUGCCAAACUCGCCGAUGCCGAUCUCACCGGCUACACGUACCGCCUCAUCAUCGGUCGCCACCUCACCCCGUCCUCACCGCACAUCGAGCUGCAACAUCUCACCCCCACCGGUCUCCACUCUACCCUCAUCCCACUCGAAACAAUCUGCAAUUGA